AUGACGCACACAAGCGAGAUCGAGCAAGUGAGUGUGUCGAGGUCGUUCAACGGUCAACAAAAGGUCUUCAAGCACAGGAGUAAUGUGCUCGGAUGCGAGAUGAAUUUCGGAGUAUACGUCCCGGAUAGCGUGCACAUAGGAAAACGACCAGCUCUUCUUUAUCUUUCCGGUUUAACCUGCACACACGCAAAUUUUAUCGAGAAGGCUGGCGCACAGCGAUUCGCGGCUCAAUAUGGCUUCAUUAUCAUCAAUCCGGACACAUCACCACGUGGAGAUAAUGUGCCCGACAAGGAGGAUUAUGAUUUUGGAAAGGGUGCUGGCUUCUAUUUGGAUGCAACAGAAGAACCAUGGGCAGCUAACUAUAAGAUGUACUCGUAUAUAACAAAGGAACUUAUUGAUAUCGUCAAGAGGAAUUUCCCAAUCGAUCCGGAGAACUUCGGGAUUUUUGGGCACUCGAUGGGCGGACAUGGAGCGAUUAACAUUGGAUUGAAGCAUCCGGAAAUUUUCAAGUCGAUCUCCGCUUUUGCUCCCGCUUGUCAUCCUACGAAUAGCAAUUGGGGCAGAAAGGCUUUGAGUGGUUACCUCGGACCAGAUGAGACCAAAUGGGCCCAAUACGAUUCAUCACUGCUUGCCGCCAAGUACAGUGGCCCGAAACGCAUCAUUCUGAUCGAUAUCGGUGACGACGACAGCUUUUUGAAGUCAGGUGAAUUGCAGCCGGAAUCGCUCAAAAGCAACAAUCAUUUGGAGAUUGUCUACCGGAGUCGCGCCCACUACGAUCACUCGUACUACUUUGUCGCGAGUUUCAUGGAGGAACACUUCGAGCAUCACGCGAAAGAAUUCCAGGCGCAGAAGCUCGCAAAGCAC